ACUUGAAGUCUUUGCUUGAAAAGACGUUAUGAUUAUACCCAUAUUUAAUAUCUGUGGCUUGAACUUAUUAUAGGCACAUUCAAAGGGCACAUUGGAGCAAUCAUUGCAUUGGAGUACUGUUUUUCUUUGUUUUGUUUGCAAUCGCAACGCAACAUAACCCAAACUCACGACACGACGUUUAAUGUAUAUCACGCCUAAUUAUUUAUCUAAAUGAUAAAUGCGAAAUAUCAUUACCUAAUUACUAUUUAUUUCAAGAUCUCGACCGGUGUUUGGAGUAAGUAACCAAUUUAAUAUUAUUACAAUUCGUUAAAAAAAUGGAUAUCAUCGAAUCAAUAAAGAAGGACAAAGCUUAUCUUAAAUGUAAAUUAAUAGUAAAAUCUUGGGAGAAAGACUUCAAAACAAAUCAUGCUCGAACGCCAUCUAAAUUUGACAUCAAAGAAGCUCCAUCAACGAUCAAAUAUGCUUAUAAAAAAUAUUUUCAACUUAAGAGUGCAGCCCUUGAGAAUUCACUAUGUAUUGAUGAUUUUGAAGAAAAAGUAAAAGAUACUACUCCAGAACCUACACGGCACUUUGAAAGUCUGUCCUAUGAGUCCUUAAGUUCUCAAACAGAUCCAGUACUUCCAGAAUUACCUACCGGUCGAGAGAUACAAAAACUACUUUCUAAUAUUGAAGAGCCCCACAUAUCGGUCAAAGAAUCUACUCCAUUUACUGAAAAUCUAUCAAAAAAGUUAUUUCAACAUAGAAAGUUUUCUAUAAGAAAUCCUCGCAAAAAUACACAUCACCAAUCCAAAUCACAACCUACUUUUGAAAACUUUCAAAGUAGUGAGUAUGAAAAAGAGAAUUCUUUUCUCUCUAAUUCUAUGCAGAUAUCUCCUAAAAAAGAUACAAGUUUAAAAUUAGUAACAGUAGAUCAAGAAUUACAAAAUAAACAAGUCAGCUCUGUGUCUAACAUUAUCCAAAAUAUACCUAAAGUAAGACAAAUUAAUACAGCAUGGCUUGAAAGAAUUAUGGGUUCACCAGUUACAAAAGAAAUUGAGGAGUCAUGUGAAAAAUUUGGAAUAAGCAAUGUUAAAGUAUCAACGACAGAAACUGAAAGUAUUGAUAAAAAAGAAUUUCAAUUUAUAGAACAUGAACAGGAAAAACUUGGGGAUUAUGUAGAAAAUAGUGAAUCUGAAGAAGAAGAUAACAUAACUUUAGAUAAAUUGAAGCCUGCUCUAAAAAAAAGAAAAAUCAGCCAAAAUGUAAGCACAAAUAUUGUAAGUCAAAAUAAUGAUAAGAAUGAGAUAAGUAUGGACAAUAUUAAAACAAAGCAAACAAGUUCUGUUAAAGAUCACAGGAACAAAAGAAAACCAAAAACUAAAAAUGAUCUUAAUGAUAAUGCAUUACAACCACCAGACAUAUCUGAAUUUUUGCCUUUUGGAAAAGAAGAUGAUGUUGCUCCCAGACAUGGAAAGAUUUCAAAUAUCUUGGAAAAAUAUAAUUCUCCAGUUAAAAUACAUAAAACAUUAACAAAAAAAUCUGAACCAAAUGAAGUUAAUAAAUUGGAAUCUAAGAUAAAGAAUGGAACAUUAAAUGAUAAUUUUGUAAAAAUCAAUAUUGAAAAAAAGGUAUUUGUACGAGGAAAAAAGAACAUUAAUUAUUCCAAGUUUAAAAAACAGCAAUGGAAAGACAAGAAAGCUUUGCAUUCUGGUAUGGAAUUUCCAGAAUCCGGCAAAAUUACUUGUUUCAAAUGUGGAUCUGCUGGUCAUAUGGCAAGGUAUUGUACUGCUCAUAGAGGAGAUUCUCUUUUGCCUUUAGAAAGUUAUAGUGACAACACAUUGCCAUCACUAGAAGAUAUGCAAAAUAUAGUAUCUAAAGAAAAUAAAAAUGUGUCACUAACAGAACAAUUUAGUGAGUCUUUAUUUAAAGCGAGUAAAAUUCCUGAAUCAGUGUUAGAAAUGCUGGCUUCUCCAGGUAACUGUAGUAACAUUAAUAUAAAACCUAUUUAUUCUGUUUAUUCUGAAGAAACUCCAGAAGAAAUGAAUGAAGCACUUCAAAAAUUUGGACAUAAUAAAUUUCGCCCAGGUCAGGAGGAAGCUAUCAAGCGUAUUUUAUGUGGAAUGUCCACUUUGUUGAUCUUGUCUACAGGUGGCGGUAAGUCUUUGUGUUACCAACUUCCUGCAUAUAUCUACAGUAGGUAUUAUAAGUGCAUCACUUUAGUUAUUUCACCUCUUGUUUCCUUGAUGGAAGAUCAAGUGCUGAGUAUGCCAGAAUUUUUGAAGGCUGGGUGUCUACACACUAAUCAACCACCAACCCAAAGGCGAAAAAUUAUACAAUGUCUGAAAGAUGGUGAAAUAAACAUCUUGUUGGUGUCUCCAGAAGCAUUGAUAUCAGGUGAUUCAUCUAAUGGCUUUACUGGAUUGUUUAAAUCAUUGCCACAAAUUGCAUUUGCAUGUAUUGAUGAAGCUCAUUGUGUUUCACAAUGGAGCCAUAACUUUAGACCCAGUUAUUUAAUGAUAUCCAGAGUACUACGAGAAAAACUUAAUGUAAAUUGUAUACUAGGCUUAACAGCUACAGCCAGUCAACCAACAAUCAAAAGUGUAAUUAGUCAUAUAAAUAUACCUGAUGGUUUAUCUGGAGUAAUAACUAGUCCCACUCUUCCAGAAAAUUUAAUUCUCUCAGUAUCCUUUGAAAAAGAUAAAGAUAGGGCCUUAAUAAAUUUCCUUACAUCUGAAAGGAUAAGUUUAUUUAAUUCAGUUAUAGUUUAUUGUAUAAGAAGAGAUGAAUGUGAAAGAAUUGCUGCUGUAUUAAGAUCAUGUCUUCAAGAGCCAAACAAAAUCAGUAUGGAAAAACAAAGCAAAAAAAGAAAACGAAUGUCAUAUAUUGCUGAAGCUUAUCAUGCAGGAAUGUCUGCUGCGCAGAGAAAAAAAAUACAAAAACACUUCAUGGAAGGAACACUUAGAAUAAUUGUGGCUACUGUGGCUUUCGGCAUGGGUAUAAAUAAAUCAGAUAUCAGGUGUAUUAUACAUUACAACAUGCCAAGCAGCUUUGAAUCAUAUGUUCAAGAAGUUGGUAGAGCAGGUCGUGAUGGCCAAAAUGCUUAUUGUCAUGUCUUUAUGAAUAAUAGUGAUAGUGAUAAAAAUGAGCUUCUUAAACAUAUACAUGCUAAUACCACUGACAGGCCAACUAUAAGAAAAUUGAUACAAAAACUUUUUAUUUCUUGUGAUUGUCAAAAUCAAGGCGCAACAACUAGUAAAUAUUCAAAUCAGAAGAGGUGUAAAGGACAUGAAGUAGGCAUUCCUAUAGAUUCAACUGUUGAAGAACUGGAUCUUCCAGCAGAAAAUAUAGCCACAUUAUUGUGCUAUGUUGAGUUACACCCAAAAAAGUACAUCAAAGUCUUAAAUAAUGCUUACACUUUGUGUAAAAUUGCAUCUUAUGGGGGUCCUGUAAAAUUGUUAGAAGCAGCUAAAACUUCUGCCCCUUUAGCAAUGGCAUAUUUAAUGGAGAGUAAAAAUGACCCUGACAUAAUGAAUAAAAGUGUUAUAGAGUUUAAUGUCAUUGAGGUAGCUGCUGCAAUUGGUUGGGAAAGUGGUAUGACAAAAUACUAUUUGAAAAAUUUAGAAUGGACCACAGAAGGUGGAUUGUCAAAACGAUCCCUUUUGAAGGUUGAAUUCAGUGUUCUUGGAUUUCGUAUUAAGGCUCCUGGAGAUUUAGAUCCAACAGAGUUAGACACUAUUUUAGAUGAUCUUCACAAGUUGGUGCUAUCUCAAGAGCAGUCUAUGUUGUUCCAAUUAGAAGAAAUUAACAAGGCUCUAAGCACCCUUGGUAAUUACUCAUUAGAAGGGAAAGAUCUUUCAGAAGAACUGUUAUUGCAAAAAUCAGAUGCUCUUAAAAUUAUAAUAAAAGACUAUUUUCAGAGGGAUAGUAUUUUACCAUCAAAUGUCACAUUAGAAGAACGUCCUAUAGAUGUAGAUCGUGUGGCAUCUGAUGUCCGAGCAUUGGUUGCUUCUUACAAGGAUUGUAGUUUUACUGGUCGUAGUGUGGCGAGAAUAUUUCAAGGUAUUUCGUCGCCUAAUUUCCCAGCAAUUGUUUGGGGUAGAUGUAAAUUUUGGCGAUCACAUAUUCAAGAAGAUUUUUAUGGCAUUCUUAAAAUAGCAACAGAACAACUAAUUCAAAUGAAAAUUAUUUAAAAUUAUGGCUUUAGUAUUGUACAAUUGAUCAAUAAAUUUUAUAGGAACUACAUA